ACUGGAGUCGGAACAGUCAUUGAAUGGGCAUAUCAAAAUGGCGGACCAAGAAUCGUCGGUGAGGGAGUUCGUUGCUGUUACUGAUGUUGAUGAAGAGAGGGCCCGUUUUUUCUUGGAGUCUGCCGGUUGGGAUUUGCAGCUUGCCCUGGCCAGUUUCUUUGAAGAUGGUGCUGAGGAUGACAUAGUGACACUACCUCAGCCAGAGAGUGGUGGAUCCUCUGUGCCUCGUUCCACAGGGCCUGGCAGGAGUGAAAAUAGAGUGACCUCCUUCAGGGAUAUGAUGCACGAGGAAGAAGAUGACAGUGACGAGGAGGAAGGGGAAAGGUUCUUUGCUGGGGGUUCUGAACGCAGUGGGCAGCAGAUUGUGGGCCCCCCCAAGAAGAAGAGCUCUAAUGAGGUGGUGGAGGACCUCUUCAAGGGGGCUAAGGAGCAUGGGGCCGUACCUGUGGAYAAGGCUGGGAGAGGCCCAGGAGAGCCUAGUCGAGCCAGGCCGUUCAUUGGCGGUGGCUACCGGCUUGGUGCAGCGCCUGAGGAGGAGCCUGUUUAUGUGGCUGGAGAGAGAAGAGCUGCUAACAGCCAGCAGGAUAAGGUGCAUGUAGUCCUGAAGCUGUGGAAGACAGGUUUCAGCCUGGGCGACGGUGAACUCAGAAACUACAGUGAUCCUGGCAAUGCCAUUUUCCUGGAGUCCAUCCGUAGGGGGGAAAUUCCUUUGGAGCUGAGACAGCGCUCCCGGGGGGGUCAGGUCAACUUYGAUAUGGAGGACCAUCGGGAUGAGGACUUCUCCAAACCCAAGGUUACCUUCAAGGCAUUUGGCGGGGAAGGACAGAAACUGGGCAGUGCCACCCCUGAACUGGUGUCUGCUCCACGUAUGGGGGACCAGGACCAGGUAGCCAGUGAGGCCCAGGCCAUCGCCUCUGUGAACCUGGACGCCUCCCAGCCUGUGACAAACAUCCAGAUCAGACUGGCCGACGGGGGAAGACUGGUGCAGAAGUUCAACCACACUCACAGGGUGUCGGACGUGCGUCAGUUUGUGGUGGGAGCUCGACCUUUAAUGGCCGCAACGGAGUUUGUGCUCAUAACAACCUUCCCCAACAAGGAGCUGACUGACGAGAGCCAGACGCUGCGGGAUGCCAACCUGCUCAACGCAGUCAUCGUGCAGCGGCUAAAGUGAUGGAGCCCCCUGGUGGCCUGGCUGGUUCACAGCUCUUUGGUCCCCCUGAGGGACMAGACACCAUGGACUUAUGGACUUCUAAUUCCUUUUUUUUCUAUAGUGAUACGUUUUCCCUCUUCAGCAGUUUGAGGGGCAAAUGUGGGGAACGGAUAGGGCUUCAAAGAAAGGCAGAAGAAACAGUUGAUUUGGUGGUAAAAGCUGUUUAGAAAGUAUUAGGUGAACACGCACAGUAACAAUAAAGCUUUCUUAAGUUUCAGAGAUUGCUUUAGAUGUUCAUAAUACUGUUAUUUGUUUUGUUCAUCACUUUCUAUCUUCCACUUAUCUCUCCUCUGGCUCAACUCUUGCCUGUUAGUUUGGCUUUUUCCACACAACAAGUUGCCAUCAGGUCAACCCAACCGCAAAUGUACCCAAUGUAUGCCAGUAGCCUUAUGCGCCCAUCAUAUUCAGAAUCUCAACAAAGCGUCAACAGUCCCAACACUAAGGAAGUGGGAUUUAGAUGCGUAACAUGUAAUAGCUAGAUUGCUUUACUAUCAAACUAAUGAUUGAACAGAAACUCUCUUUAUAACUUGUAGACAAUGGGUUUUAGUGGCAGGUUGAUCUCACUGAUCUCUACGCKGGCUUGGACAAAAACAGGACAGUUGGAAUGAUUGUUUGGACCUCUGGAAGGUAAUUCAAUAAAUUUGUUUGAUGUAUAUGGAAUUCCUAGUCUUGCUAUUUUCUAUUAUGAAGAGUUACAGAACAUAUGAUUACUUUGAUUACAUAUGAUAAUUUCAAAUUGAUAUUAAAUCCAUUAUUGAAAAGAAAUUGUGCURUGUUUUUCAGCAAGGCAGUCUGAUGAUAUGCUAAUGUAAUGGAGAUGGUUCAUUGACCCGUGACUGCGAAAUUGGUAACUGUAAGUUGCGUUAGCUCCCCAAGCCAAAGUAGCUUUUGCUCAGCGGGCUAACGGUCUUGGGGUAUGCUUGAGACCUAGUUUUGAACCAUAGCCUAGUCYGUCAAACUAAUCUGCUGGAAUAUGGAAUGCUGUUUGUCUAUCACUAUAUUAUAGUGCUUUAAUAGAGUAGGCCCAUUAAAACGUUUAUUUUUUAAAUUCCCAAUUUAGGACAUUUCAAUUAGUUUUUUUAAACUAGUGUGCGGUUGUACAAACCAGGGGAGGACCAUCCUAGUCAAUAGAUAUAACUAAUCGGAUUAUAUUCACGUCAUCAAAUAGCCGAUUAAAACACUGUUUUGCAGCAUUCCACUACCAUUCCGUCCAAAAAAUAAUCUAACAUGAAUCAUGUAGCAGAUAUAGGAUAUGGUAGAAAGAGUGCGUGGCCUUUUCUGUAGCUGACAGGUCAGAGAUCAAAUGUAUGACAAUGUAACGUUAAUGAGACAAACUUUACAUCGUGCAGGUUUCUUCGAUCAAAUAGCCUAACCUAAAUGGUGCUGUAUCAAAUAGAAAAUAUGGUAAUGUAACAGUUUAAAUACUUUGAGUUUCACCAGGUUCAUAUAUUAAUAUAGCAUGUUGAUUUGUUAUUAUAUAUGCCUGCAUCCUGGGAAUAUGGGUGUGUACUUACGUUUUGCCCUGCGUGCUCAAAUCACUAUGAAAGGUGGGCACGCUUUUUCUGUCUUCAGAAAAUGUUGAUUCCAUACACCGUUUYGUUCAUGAAUAAUGUAUGUUUAGAGGUUACUCAUAAGUGGAUGUAAUUGUACUUUUUGGGGAUAUUAACAUUCUGAAUUCAACAUGUGGUUACUAGCUAGCUAUGGUAUUGUGUGAACGAUGGCUAGCUCCUCGACUGACCCCAGUCCUUUGUAUGUUGUAGAAAGAGGCGACGAUUAGCAGAACAUAUGUGCUCCACAAAUGUUUUGACUUUUCUUUUGGAUGCAGAGUGAGUUCUGAGUCAUUAAAACAACCUGAUCUCCGAA